CAUUCGUUCAAAGGUUCCGGGUUCGAAGCUUCUCGGGUUUCCGUCUUUUCCACUCGAGCCAGAAGAAGGAAGGUCACAGAGAAAGGGAGAAGGUGAAUGAAGGCUGAGUUGAACUUACCAGCUGGGUUCAGGUUCCACCCAACGGACGACGAACUGGUGAACCACUACUUGCUUCCGAAAUGCGCUUCUGAGACCAUCGGCGUCCCGAUCAUUGCCGAGAUUGAUCUCUACAAGUUCGAUCCAUGGCAGCUUCCAGACAUGGCUUUGUAUGGUGAAAAGGAGUGGUACUUCUUUUCUCCGAGGGACCGGAAAUAUCCAAACGGUUCACGGCCAAACAGGGCUGCCGGUACUGGGUACUGGAAAGCUACCGGAGCUGACAAGCCGAUCGGACGGCCCAAGCCGCUCGGCAUCAAGAAGGCAUUGGUGUUUUAUGCUGGAAAAGCUCCUAAGGGAGUGAAAACCAAUUGGAUCAUGCAUGAGUACCGUCUGGCAAAUGUUGACCGAUCGGCCACCAAGAAGAACAAGAACUUGAGGCUUGACGAUUGGGUCUUAUGUCGAAUAUACAACAAGAAAGGUCAGAUAGAGAAGCAUUACCUGUCGGACCAAAAACCUGUGCUGUUCCCGGAAAUGGAAGAUAAGAAGCCAGAGCCGUGGAUGCUCAACCAGAGUUUAUACUCAACGCCGCUGUCCCAACUCGUGCAGUCCCCAAUGACCAACGAUCUUCUACACAUGGACACCUCGGAUUCGGUUCCAAGGUUGCACACGGAUUCGAGCUGCUCGGAGCAUGCGGUGUCACCUGAUUUCAUGUGCGAGAAGGAGGUCCAGAGUGAUCCUAAAUGGAAUGAGCUCGACAGCGCGUUCGAGUUCAUCGAUAGCUUCUUAGACGAACCCUUUGGACCUCAAGUGCCAUAUCAGCCAGUUCAGGUCUCGCCAUUGCAGGACAUCUUCAUGAAACCAUUCUGAUCCCACAAAAAAAAAAAAAAAAAGAGAGUCAAAAAAGGGAGGCCAGAACAUGAGAUUCUUGGAUGCAUCUCACCCUAUUCUUGUUAGGUUAGUAUUAGAUUCUUGUUAGGUUAGCAGUAGAAACCUAUGAUCAUCGCAGUCUUCAAAUUCAAUGGGUUGGGUUGGCUAUGAUGGGUGUGCUGAACUUCGACAAAAGAUGGUAAGUAUUCAAGAGGUGCAGACGGAUUUUGCUGCAGUUGCCUUGAUUCGUCGUGGAGGCCUGGGAUAAUGUUUGAUCUUGUUCAUGUAGAGAGAACAUUCUUCUAUAUGUCCAAAGGAUUGUAUUCAAUUCUUUCAUGUAUGUUGUACGUUGGACUUGGUUCCAGUUCUUAUAGCGGUCAGAAAUCAGAAUGGUAUAAAGACUGUUCAUUUGUUAA